AGCUCGCGGAAUGGACGCUCUUACACAACUCCUUGUGCUUGUGACAGCACUCCUACUGGGGUCUUCAGUCGCUAUCUCGUUAGACGACACCCCAGUCCAAAAUUUCCAAAAGACCUGUGUGAAGUGGGCGACGAAAGGGCCUGCAAUCCUCGUCGCCGUUUGCCCAUCAAUGUCGGGAGAGCAAAUCUGCAGCAAGCUGGAUCUUGACCUCUGCAUGAGCGUUUCUUGGUUCGGGGACCGCCCUUUUGAUUUCACGAUGGAGGGAAAAGAUAACGGCUACAUCUCAGAUCAUUGCGUGGGAUGCUCCAUUCGAAACGAUCAAGUCCUAAUACCUCCAGAUGUAGACACGCAACUCAAGUGCGAAUGUAGUCGAGAAUCAGUCGCGGAACCGUGGACCGGCAUUGUACAUAUGGAUCCGUGGAUAGGCAACGUGGACGGCUACCUGAAGUGCUACGAACAUGUGGGGGAGAAACAGGAUAGCUGCCCUAUCUAACCCGAAACACCGCAGGCGAUCGCAGGUUGGCGUAACUGGGAGAAAGCAUGUAACAGGGAGCAGGGCGUCAUCAUUUGGUCUGCAGGGGAUCUUGUGUUGGCUUUAAUUUGCGACAUUAAAUAUAGUACUAAUCCAUCCGAUCUGGUUUCGGACAACGUGAUUUUCAUCUUGGUUGAGUUCUCUCUCUCUAUCGCGAUUCGGAUCAGCCUGUCCCGCCUAUUUCUUGUGGUAUUCAUCAGCAGCAUCCUUUAACGUAGCCCUCAACCUCUCCAACGUAUACGGGCCUGCCUGAAUAUCAUUGAACCUCGACGGGUUGUCCUCAGAGAUGCACGUCGGCAACGUAGACACCAUCUCGUCAUAAUUAAUGGAGAAGAAGAAAGGCACGCUGUACCUCUCCUUGUCCGGACUGCGAUUAACUACUCUGUGGACAGUGCUUGUCAGAGAACAGAAUGCCAUAGGCACCAGUGGGUGUCAGGACACUGAACGCAAGACACCGGUG